ACCUAUUCGGGGCCAGCAGCCCACAUAAAUCCUUUGUGACCAAUAAAAAGUAAUCGAGAUUGACAGGCGCGCGCCAACCGCCAUGGAUAUAAAAGCCUUUGCCACUGCGAGCAACUUCAUCACAUCUCGUGCAACAUCUAAACAGGCACAACAAUUUACACAUUCGAUCAAAUUCAGGCAUUGCAGAAUGGCGAAUGGCAAACAAACGCUGCUGCUGCUGCUGCUGCUACUGGCGGUGCUUUACAGCGUGGAGUCGUUGUCCAGCAUUCAGGUGUGCGGCUCGCAGCUAAGCGAAACCAUCUAUGCCGUCUGCAAAGGAAAGUUUAUGCCUAUUCACCAGUACAAACGCGGCGCCUUGGAUCUCUUUGACUAUGUCGAAUCUCAAAAGGAGCUCAACGUCGACGACGCCGACUUCGAUUCGCUUGGGGGGUCGUCCCCGAGGGGACGCCACAGCACCCUGUUGGCCACCAGGCGGCUGUCGCGUGGCGUUGUCAACGAGUGCUGCCUAAAGCCCUGCACCACCAAGGUGAUGGAAAAGUAUUGCGCCUAUUGAAAGCUUUAAGUUGAAAUCUAUGCCACAUCAUAUUCAAAUUAUAUUUUAUGUAGU